UGAGCGGCGUUUGAGUUUCAGCUGUCUGUCCCUGUCUGCGGUCUCUGCGGUCUCUGAGGGAGGAGACGCGGCUCCACCGACUUUAUCUGGAAUAUCACAAAGCUUCAAGCCACUGCUAAAGUUUUCGGACUAGAAGAGGAGCCGUUGGGUGAGGUGAAGAUGGUCGACCGGCUGGCCAACAGCGAGGCCAACUCCAAGCGGAUUGCGGUGGUGGAAAGUUGCUUCGGCGCUGCGGGGCAGCCUUUGGCCAUCCCAGGCCGCGUGCUGAUCGGCGAGGGUGUCCUCACCAAACUCUGCCGAAAGAAGCCCAAAGCUCGCCAGUUCUUCCUCUUCAACGACAUCCUGGUCUACGGAAACAUUGUCAUCCAGAAGAAGAAGUACAACAAGCAGCACAUCAUCCCUCUGGAGAGCGUCACCAUCGACACCGUGGCAGAUGAAGGCGACCUGCGCAAUGGCUGGCUCAUCAAAACACCCACUAAAUCCUUCGCCGUGUACGCCGCCACUGCUACCGAGAAGUCAGAGUGGAUGAACCACAUAGCCAAGUGCGUGGGGGACUUACUGCAGAAAAGCGGGAAGGCCCCGACAGGUGAGCACGCCGCCGUCUGGGUGCCCGACUCUGAGGCGACGGUGUGCAUGCGCUGCCAGAAGGUGAAGUUCACACCGGUCAGCCGCCGCCAUCACUGCAGGAAGUGCGGCUUCGUGGUGUGUGGUCCGUGCUCGGAGAAGAAGUACCUCCUGCCCAGCCAGUCAUCCAAACCUGUCAGAGUGUGCGAGUUCUGCUACGUUCAGCUGACGUCAGGAAGCCUCUCCAUCCGCUCAGACUCCAUCAACCGGCCGGGGUCGAAGUUCAACAACAGCAACAUGUCAGACGACGACGACGAAGACGACAGCAGUGACUGAGAGAUGACGCGCUCCUCCUGACGGCAGCUCGUCCACACAGGAGGAUUAUGUUCUUGUUUUUCUCUUCUCCUUUUUCUUCCGUCUCUGAGGAUUAAUUCUCUCUGGACAUCAAACCAAAAUGUUUUAUUUUCUUCUGGGAUUAAUUCACACUCUCCUGAUUGAACAAUGAAAUGUGGAAUAUUCUGGACGACCAGCAGGAUUUAGUCCGCCCUGUCUCUGUUGACUGCUAAUCAGGCUGCAGUUUGUCACUACAGAACACAAUGGUGCUAAAGAGAAGCAUCUCCGCCCCUCGUUCUUUCUCUUCAUUUUACCUUCUUUACUUCCUUCCUUUCUAUGCCGUGAUUGCUCAUCACUUCUGCAGGGAAAAUCAAACGUUUGGGCUCUAACUUUUACCCCUUCUGUCCCUCAGGUUUUCACCAAACAAAGCUUAUAUUUGUAAGAGAAGUUUGGUUUUAUCUCCAGAUAAAUGUCAAGCUUAAACCCUUUUAUAAAUAACAGAAUGUAGACUUAAUGCAGAGCUUUUCUAGUUAAUAAUAUAGAUGCUAAUGACAAAUCAGCUGCUCUCACAGUCGGUAGGUUUACAUGCAGUUAGAAAAGUCAACUUAUCGUGCUUGUGCAACUCAAAUCUUAUCAAAUCAAAGCCUUGAAGUCAGACUAGCAUGCCUUGAUAAUAAGGUUACUCUUGCAUGUCUAAAUCAGACCAGACUGGACUAGGCGUUCUGGGCAUGCUCCACAGCCUCUGCGCCAGCUUUGACAUGAAGCAGACACUGAAUGUUAAGCCUAUUAGCCUUAAAAUGUCUCCAUCAGCUGAUUUGUACCCAUCGUGCACUUGGUACCAAAUCUACAAAGCUGUAAAGUUGUGUUUACACCAUUUGACAUAAAACCACUUAGCCGUUUGCUUUUAUUUUUGCAGGAUCAAGUGGAAAGGAGGCGUGUUCCCGCCUAGUCUUGCAGAGUCAGAAGUACUUCCAUCAAUAAAUCCGCAACCAUGGCAGUAGUCCGGCUAAAAAUCCGAACUGUAACUCCACUCUGCAUGUAAACGUACUGACUGUAUGAGCUUUAAAAUCUAACUCUACCUACUACCUGCCUGUGAUGUCACAUAGUGCCUUGUAGAAAUCUCUCUCAGCGAAAGAAAAAUGUUUUUUUUUUUUUUUUUUUUUUUUUUUUAGUAAAUCCAGUCUGCAAAAAACGAACUUCCUGAUAGGCUGAGUCUGAAACACUUUAGAGAGGAUGUUUGGUUUGUUUUUGUGCAGAAAAUUAAAAAGCACAGAGAUUCCAGAGGAAGAGUUUGUAUGGAAUUCUCCUUGGAGAGUUUGCUUUCUAAUCAACAUUAGAUGGAAGUUUGAUCUAGCCAGGGAUUACACACCUAAAUAUUCUGAUUUAAGAGUUUUUAAAAAGAGCCUUUAGAGGUAGUUAAGGGCAUCUUUCCACUACAGGAACUUUAAAACUUAGUUGUUGUUUUUGCUUGUUGUUGGUUUUGGAUAAGCGUGCUCAGGAGACAUUUUCAAGAGAUUUAUCUUGUUUGUUUUCAUGUUAUAUUUGGAAGCAUGAGGCUGGAAACUGGAGGCAGCAGGAAGUACAUCCAUAGAGAUUAGGGUUGCCAAAAAGUACUUUUGGAUGCCGUGUUUUUUAAACAUUGCAAUCUAUGUGAUGUUAAUAAUAACUGCUAUAAAAAAGUGCAGACAUUUUAAAAUAAAUUACAUUUAUUUUCUAUGACAGCUGCUCAGGAGAAGACUCUUGCAAACUCCUGCAUGCUAGUGCUGAGUGAUUAGUCAAGUUUCUAUAACUAGUAUGACUUCAGCUUCCCAUGAUCAUGAAAACAAGACAAUUAAGACUGAAUUAUUACUGUAGCUCAUGCUGUGGAGUGCUAGUUUUUUCCAUAGGUUUUUGUCAUGUCUUAUAACUGAAGUCCUACCUUUCCUUACUUCGCUGCAGAGCGUGUGCUCCUCCCCUCUUACCAAAUUAGCUCUCACUUUAAUUUAAGUGAGGAGCAGAGUAAGCCAUGGUAAAGAAGAUGACCGAAAGGCAGCUGUUGGUUAACAAAAUUAGGUAAAAAAAAAUAAAUACAUUUGAAACCACUCUAGUUUGGAGGGGCUGAACCUGGAACAAUGCAGAAUAACUCAGAUUUUAUUACGUGGCUGUAGCUGCCCCUCGAGGAAACUAAUCUGUUCAGUAAUUCAUGCAAAAAAUGCUAAAUAUGUAAUAUUCCUAGAAUCAAACAAGCUAAAAAUCCUUUAUUAAGCAGGGAUGACUAUACGUGUCGAAUCAAAAGAGUCUUUAUCAGGACAUAAUUCUUAUCAAAGUCCCUCGGAUCUUAAUUUUCAUUGCAACCUCUUCCAUAGACUCAGUUUGCUAAUAAUCUGGCAAGUCGUUCCUUAUUUUUUUGCUGGUUUAAUAUCCAAACCAGUUUAGAUAUUACUGCAAAAAUGUAGAAAUCCUAUGCACUUGAUGCUGGGGUAUUUCUCAUUUUUGAUGACCUAAAAAUUGUAGGUAAACUCCUGAACAUCUUUCCAUUAUAUAUGGGCAGUUUAGUCAGUGUGUAGGAAUUUGUUUGCAUGUUUUGCACGCUCCUGUCUUAUUUAAAAAAUUCCCUUUUUAAAAUAUUUUUAAUGCCGUAUUACUUUUAAUUCUAUGAUUGAAAAAUGUGUGGUUCCAGAAAAGCUCUGAAAGCAGAUUUUGACUUAAUCUUAAUACGUUCAUUGAUAAUAAUAUUUAGCAGAAUGACCCAAUCUACCAUGCUAGUUCCUUAACCUUAAACUUCCCUCAGCAUGCUCUCCUUCUAACCAAACUCAGAUUAAGAGAUUCGUGUUUAACAUCUGUGCAAACCUUUACAUAGCAGGGUGUGACGGGUAAACAGAGGUAACAGAGGAGACAUUGAACACGGCUUUAAAAUGCCAAACAUAAGUCGUUCAAACCUGCUUGUCAACUCUUGUAAGAAGGCACGAUAGAAACAGAUUCAGGAUGCUACAUUUAGCAGGUUUAAUGGGUUUACUGGUGGACUUUUUGAAUGUUUUUUUAAAUGGUACAAGCUAGGGUUGUUAAGUAGCUGAAUUUAAACUCUGAUACCAUAGAUGCAAAAGUCAUGAGCUCUACAUUCCUGCUUAAUAUCACAGCAAACAGUAUAAAAUAGAGGUCCUCACACCAGGAAGCUUCUACAUCAAGCAUUUAUCUGCAGCAAGUAACUUCUCAAUUAGACAUGCUUUUCCUCAGUCUUGCUUAAAUAUCUGUGUACUUAGACAUGUUAAUGUUCCAAAUUUAAACACUAAAAGUGCAUAACAUGGACAAAAGAAAACAUAGAAGGAGCUCAACGUGCACAAUAAUGGCGUGUGUCUGAAUUUAGAAGAAAAUCCAAGGUUUGUUAUAUAUACAAUUUAAAGUACAACCAGUGCAAAUUUCCAGAACCAUGAAGCUAUGCAUAUAAACAAACAUAUAAACAUGAAGAUUUCUUUGUAUUUAUGGGAUGAUACCUCACCAACAAAAUUAAAACUUCUAGGUAACCAAUGUUAGGUAGUUUUUUGCUUUUAAUCUCUAAAAAAUUGCAUGCAAACUCCUUCAAACUGUCUUAAUUGCACAAAUAUGUUGCCAGUUUUUCUUUUGUCAAGGUUUCCACUGAUCAGUUUGGACCAUUCCAGAUAUUCAGACCCAUAAAGAACUUUCAUUACUAUUAAUUAACCUUUAUUUCUUUACUUUUUUUCUACCAGAUUUGCCCAGAGUUAGAUGGAGGAGCUAAAUUCCCUCAGGUGCAGCACAGCUGCCAGUGUAUUUCUGCAGUAUUAAUAGUUAAACGUCCUCUGUGUUCUCCCUGUCUCUAAGACACAUAAAGGCGUUUUUUGCGUCUUUAUGAGACGCCUAAAGAAGACCCUUUUUUAUCACUCAUGAGUUGCUGCUUGUGGCCUCUUUGGGUUAAAAUCUGGCUGAUAAUCCUUUUUCUAGCUUCUGUACUGUCAAAACUGCAAAUUAAAAUAAUGCGAAAUCGA